AUGAUAGUUUUGGAAAAGGAAGUCUCUAAGAGAUUUGACCAUGUUGACAGAGAGAUCAGAGAGCUCAAAGGAAUGGUGGCCUUUCUUUGCAACAACUUCUCUAUGCCCAGCACCUCUUUCAGUUUUGAGGAUCUACUCUCUCACCUAUCAUCUCCUCCUCAUCAUGAGCCUGCACCAUCUACUUCACCUAUACCCACUUCUCCUGUUUCUACUUCACCGUCUGUACCCUCUACAUCUCCUACUCCUCCUCCUACUUUAGCUCUUAUCACUGUUCCACAGCCAAUCGCCUCUCUGUAUUUUCCACCCUUCUCUCCACUUUCUCAACUUCCCUCUCUUCCUAUUCCCCUUCCCUUGCCUACUGUUUCUACUCCUUUCCCUUCUUCUUCUGAUGCUAACAAAAAAGGAGAGAAGGAUUCUGCCUAG